GAGUACAGUGCAGCUGAGAGGCUUGAACCAAGGUGAGAGAAGCCACAUUCUUUAAGACAGCAGUGAUGGCCUCAUCCCAACUUCACCUCACUGUCUCCCUGUUCUGUUUGGCCAUGACUGCAAGCAUCAUAUCAUGCGGCCGAUCUCAUAUGGUUUUGAACUCUGCACUACAGGCAUCUCAUGGCACUCCUGCUGAUGAAGAGAUGCCAGAGAGAUACUCCUUUCCAGAGUUCCAGUGGUUGCUCAGUAACUCAGACCCAACAGCUAUCCAGUCUGACAGCCCAUCUCUGGGGAUUCUACAGAGUGGAUUGGACCUAAUGAGGAGAGACAGUGGAGACAGUGAGCGAAAACCAGGCUGCAAGAACUACUUCUGGAAAUCCAGAACGGCAUGCUAACCACAGGCAACCAAAAGGUCCAAACCAGAGGCCUACGCCACAAUCAACAUGCUGCCAAUAAUAUACUUGUUCCCUUUCCUGAAUUUACACUCAUCAUAUGACAGUCUCUGUCUUUGAAGUGAGCCUGAGUAAUUGUAGCCAUUAUCUGUUAAGAGUGUUCCCCCGAUCUCUUAUCUCUUAUCUAUCUUGCUCUAAAGCAUUGACUGCUUGCAAUAAACUGAAUACAGCACAAAAUGCUGGCCAGUGUUAUUUUGUGUGCUGCUGGGCUUAUAAUAUU